AAGCAGCAGAAUUAUAACAGACGUACUAUAACCUAACUAUAACCUAACUUGCUUCCGCUCUCCGAUUACCCGCUCCUCUAACUGUAGCAGACGGGGAAAUAUCGCGAGAGAAAGCUACUUCCCAUGAGUCUUUGCACGUCUGGCUCCAAGUCGAAACUGUACUUUCAUGUGCAGAUUGAAAUAACUGCGAUUUAGCCUGAUAUAGCCAGAUUUAGUGUAAAUGGUCUGAGGAUGGACGAUACUCAGCGCCUGCAGUGGGACGAUGAAGAACAAGAUGUGUCUUUUGAUAGAGAUAAACCAGUAGGAAAUCUGCAUAUGUUCAAUGGAAUCCAUGGUCCAGCACAAGACUUCCCUAUUUACCCUGGUACGAAUAUCAUAGGACGUCAUACAAAUUGUGAUGUGACUCUUCCAGCUCAGUCUGUCUCUAAGAAACAUGCUAUUAUAGAGGUUGAGGCUGACUGCCAUACCCUCUGUGACCAAGGAAGUCUAAACAAAACUCGCCGUGGCAAGGCAGCCAUUGCUCCUCAUGUGAGAUAUGCUCUGUCUGAUGGAGACUUAUUGUUAUUUGCUGAUGUAGCAUGUCGUUACUCAUUCACAAAAAAACUAGAGGAGGAGGAGGCAGAGAAUGAGGAAAGUGAAGAUGAUAUUUUGGUUCCUGGAACACAGGCUACUUUGUCAAUUGAAAAAACUCCUGGGGUAGCAAUACGCAGAAUGGGGAGAGGAGCAGUGCUGGCAAUGGACUCUGGUGAUGAGGAAGAAGAGGAAUUAAAAGGGAAAGAUCUGAAUUAUGAAGCUAAAGGUGAGGAAGACAAUUACAUACAAGAAGGUCUUAAAACAUCCGGGGAGGAAUGCAAGUCACCUGCCAGUGCUUCCUUUUCCCACAACAUGGAUACUAUUGUUCCUGAAAGUGAUGAGGAGAACGACACAUCUGUGUCUGAACCACGUUUCCCUUCACUCAACCUCCGUUGUGAUAGUGAUACAGACACUCAUGACACUCCCAUGAAGGCAGGCACAAGCUACACCCCCUCCCAAGAUUGUGUGCUUUCUCCUUCUUUCAAAGAACAAGUUGUGGGAGACCACAGUGAAAUCACAAAAUCUACUUUGAUUAGCAACCAAGAGAUGUUUGCAGAUGAGCAAGUAAACACUGAAUCCAAAGUCUCGAAGUGUAGUCCUGAUACAGCUGACAAAAAUGAUAGAGAGACAAAGGAAGAGAACAAUACUCCUAUAGUAAACACUAAUAUUGCUGAGGAAGGUGGAACAGGAGUAACAGAUGAUCCAUUGAUAGACGGUCUAAAAGUGGAAAACCAAAAAAAGGAAAAUGACUGUUAUGAAACCCUGCAAGUUGACAUCAAACAGCAAGAGAGUGUUAAAAUUAUCUUGGAUAGUAAUCAGGAGGAAAACAGAACUUUGAAAGUAAAAUUGGUAAACACAGGAUCUGCAGAUAUUAUUCUAGACAAAAAUAUAGAUGGGGAAGAAGGUUGCGUCAAUACUAAGGAAAUAGACAACCAGAUCAGAGAAGGGGCUUUUCAUUUGGACAGUGACACAGAUGUAGAGGAGAGCGAUACUUCAAUCCCUGGAAUAAAUGUACCCCGAGUGGAGAAUUCUGGGAAUAACACAGACAGUGAUACAGAUACUGAAGAAGAUAAACCUAAAAUUUUGCAACCUGCCAUACAACAGAAUGUCGAGGAAGGGUUUAAUUUGGACAGUGACACGGAUGUUGAGGGUAAUGACUCCAAUUCUGUAAAUAAAAGGUUGAAAAAUACUGAAAAAGCAAAAAUGAUCCAAGAUAGUGAUACUGAUGCGGAUGAUUCGAUUAUGUCAAAGGUUGAAGAGAGGAGGAACCCAGCAGGUACAAAGAAAGAUUACAGUAGUACAUCUCUAAACACAGAAGGUAAAAGGCAAGAAAAUUAUCUAUCCACCCUUGACAGUGAUACAGAUGUUGAAGACAUUGCUGAUGGAUCUUCCCCAAGUGUUGUGAAGAAGCAGGAUAAGGCAGAAGCAGCUCAUACUAAUGUAACCGAUACAACUGCUGGGGAGGAAACUUGCACAGAUGCUGGAAUAGAGAAGAUUGUGGUGUCUGCAGAUAGAAAUGAAUGCCACACAGGUGGAGUCACACAAGAACAGGAGGCUACAUCUGAAUUUCACCUAGACAGUGAUACAGAUAUUGAGGAAGAUGAUAAUUUACUAGAUAUGUCAAGUGCUAGUACUAGGGUAAAAGUCACAGAGGUUCACUCAGUUAUCCUUGAAAAACUAAGAACCUCACCUGGAGAAAGAAAGGAAAAGAGGGCUAUUGAAAUUGAUCUGGACAGCAAUACAGAUGUGGAUGAAGCUGAUGAAACAGAAGUUGAUAGGAAGGAAACAUUUCACAUGGACAGUGAUACAGAUCUGGAGGAAAAUGACAGUGGCCCUCCUGUGGUGGGUGGCAUAGAAAAGAAAUUUACAGCCAUAGCACAUUCUGAUUGUACCUCAGACACAGGAAGUAAUGUGAAAAAUGUAACCUCUUCAAUCACAGAAAAUACAGAAAAAGGGGAGACUGAUGGAAUAGACUGCGAAGAUGCAGAAUAUCAAAUGAUGGCUACUCAGUGUUAUCUAGAGCCCCAGGAAAAAGAGACUGAUAUACAAGAUGAAGAUGAUUGUGCUGAGGAAGCUACACAAGCAUUUAUCUUCAGUUCCACAUGGGCUGAGCCGGAACCAUUUAAACGUCCAGCCGAUCCUAUUGGAGUUUUGCAAAUCUCAGCAGUGACUGUUAGUUCAUCAGAGGAAGAACCAGAUGAAAAUGCCAUUGCGGAGACUCAGCCAUUCUGCUGUGAGAUAAAGCAGCCAGAGGAACACAGUGACCAAGAGCCAGCCAAAAAAAGUUCUAUUGCUGAGGAAAAGAACAAUGUAGCUUGCUCUCUGCCUCAAGAAGAAAUAUCUCAGGAUGAUACCCAGCCAGUGUCUCAGUACUUGAAUAAAACAGCUUCAAGUAACUUGGUGGCACCAAAUUUAACUUGCACAACAAAUUUUCAACAAGAAAAAUAUCUUGAUGGAAUUAAUGAAGAAAAGGUCAAACAGGCUAAUGAAAGUGUUCCAAACAGGGAGGAACAGCUUGAUGAAGGUGUCCAAGACAUCGAAGAGGAUGCCACCCAACCAUAUGUUUUAAGUUUACCGACAGUGGGUGACAUGGCUACACAGCCUUGUAGCAUGAGUGAGUCUGUCUCCGGGGAUGGUGCUAGUCAGUAUUUAAAUACAGUUGUUCCAGCUGUAGCUAGUGUUGCUUCUCUACCCUGUAACCCAAGCAUGCAAUUAUCUGAUGGCGAACCCAUGCAGCCUUCCAGUCUAAAUGAGGCUGAUGCAACCCAAUGUCAUGGAUUUAGUAUGCCCCUUAAAGAAGGUGAUACAGUGAGCAUUUCAGAAGAGAAAGUAUCAGUAAAGCAAGGUCCUUGCAGAGGUGAGAGUAGCAUGAUAUCUGAGCAGUUAGACCCUUCUAACAAUGUUAUGAGCAAGCACCCAGGUGAAGUUCUUGUGCAUUCUGUUCCUCCAUUGGAGAAAGCAACAGAGCAGGUUGCAGAGCAGCCUCAAGCAGCCACCAGAAUGACAGAAGAAGACAGAGAAGAGAAUAAAGGAAAGAGGAGAUCAACAGAAGGAGAAGAUAGCAAGGAUUCAGCAGAAGUUACAACUUCCGUUACUAGGGGUAAAAAGAGAACCUGGAAAAAGACUGCAUCUCCAGCAUCAGAGGAGACAAAAGGCAAAAAAACAGCUAAAAUGCAGGUCAUGGAAAAAGCAUUACCUGAAGCAAAAAUGGAAGAAGAAUGUAAAGAAGAGCAGAACAAUAAGCCAAACACUAGCUCUAUCCUUGCACGUUUAAAAACAGGUAGAAAGGGAAAACAAGAUAUCGAAGAGCCUUUAGAUUACAAUGUAGAAGGCUAUAAUGUGAGCGUGCAACAGGUAGAAGAGGAUAUGAAAAGAUUUACUUCAAGAAGAUCAGUUAGAAAACCAAAGGAUGGAAAUGAUCAGGAGACUGGGUCAAGAAAUUUACCAGAAAUAACCAGGCAUUCCAGUUUAGACCUUAGUGAGUCAGUAGUGGAAAAAAAAGUAGAUAUGUCUUCUGAUGAACACAUGAAGUAUCAGAAAGAUGAUGAAUUCUUAACUGCUAAUGGAACAACUAUAAAUGUAAAAAGAAAGGGUGCAAAGAGAAAUGUAAAGGAAGAGGAGAACAAGUUUGUGGUAGAUAACAUUCCUGGAAAGCGACCAACAAGGAAUAACAGGCCAAAUGUUACAGAGAAAAAUAAUGAGGAAGCAGAUGAUAAACAGAGGAUUACAAGGAGGAAUUCAAGGCAGCUGGAGAUAGUAGAAAUCAAACCAGACAAUACAGAGAUUUUAGAUUCUAAAAGACAAAACCAGUCCAGAAAAUCACCAAAUAUAAAGAAAAAUUUAAAAGUGGAUGAAUCAAAAGAGACAGAAAAAUGUGAGGGCAAAACUAGAGAGAACACUCCGAAAAGGACAUCAAGGAGGACAAAGAAAAAAUGCACAGAGGAACUGAACAUGGAAGAAUGGGAAAAGUCAAAAGAAGAAGCAGACAGUAAACAGAGGGUCACAAGAAGGAACUCCAGGCUAUCAGAGUCAGUAGAAAGCAUACCAGAGGAUACAGAUAUUGUAGAUUCUGAGCAACAAGACCAGUCCAGAAAAUCUCGUAAUAUAAAGAAGAAUUUGAAAAGGGGCGAGGAAGAAAAACUUGAGGGCACCAACAGAGACAACACUGAAAAAUGGACCUCAAGGAGGACAAGAAAGGAAUGCAAAGAGAAACUGAACAUGGAGGACCAUGAAAAGUCGAAAGUAGAACCAUCCAUUGAACAGUCUGAACAAGAACAUACUGAGGCUGAAGGACAAGAUCAAUCUAGAAAAUCUAGGAAGACAAAGAAGGAUUUGCCACAACCUGUUAUCAAUGAGGAAGAAACCCUUGUAGAAACCAUCAGGAAAGACUCUGUAGGACGAACAUCAAGGAGAAGAAAGAAGAGUUGCAUAGAGGAAGAUCUGAUGGACAGUGAGGUUCUAGUUAUCAGUAAACCUGAACAAGAAGAUCCACCCACAAAAAAUGUUCCUAGAAGUAAAAGGAAGAAUUUGAAAGAUGAACCUAAGGAGGGAGAUACUGAGCAUAAUGUAUUUGUAUCAAAGAAUGAAAAUCUAGAUGAAAUGCAGACCACUCAAAGGAAAAGCAAUUCAAAAGAUGGAGAUGUGCAAAACGAUAAUAAAACACUGUGUGAAGUCGACUCCAAGUCUGGUAAUUCAGAUAUAAGAACAAGGAAGAAAAAAAAAGUUGUCACAGGGACUCAAAAAACCACAGAGGUAGAAGGGGAAAUGCUAGAUGGUAGCAUGACAAUAGACUCGCACGAAGACGUUUCACCAACUGGAAUGAGAAAAAGCAGGCGGACAACAACCAAGGAGGAAUUACUCAAGUCUACCACUCUGGCUCCAGUAAGGAAGAGAGGGCAACAGCCAAAAACUGGAGGAGAUGAGGUCAAGAGAAAAAAAGUGAAUGAAGAGUUUGAGCAGGAGAAAACAGUGGGUAGAAGGGGCCAAGCACGGCAACCAAAGCUGGAGGAUGAAAAUACUGACGGCAACAGUUUUGGAAAGGACUCGGCCGUUCCUUUUCCAUCACCCUCGGGGAACUCCCGUUUAAGGCCAAGCACAUCCUUUGAAAGCCCGACAGAAGGCCGGACACCAAGACGUGCUGCUCGCAGCUUGACCACAAGCCCCUACAUGUCCCAACGGAGCAUUGCAGCAAAGGUUCUAUUUACAGGUGUGGUCGACCCUGCAGGUGAGGAGACCAUUCGUAAUCUAGGAGGGGAAGUUGCAGAAUCCAUAUUUGACUGCACUCAUCUUGUAACUGACCGUAUCAGACGUACCGUCAAAUUUCUCUGUGCUCUUGCCAAGGGCAUCCCUAUUGUGACACUAGACUGGCUUGACAAGUGCAAAAAGAGCAGAUGUUUUUUGUCCCCUGCUCAAUUUCUGGUGAACGAUAAAGAACAGGAGAAAAGCUUCAACUUCGAUUUGUCAGAAUCAUUGCAAAAAGCCAAAAAGAAACUGCUGUUUGAGGGCUAUGAAAUUCAUGUCACCCCGAAUGUGAAACCUGAGCCUGAACACAUGAAAGAUAUUAUACAGUGCAGUGGGGCAACUUUCCUUCCUAAAAUGCCCAAAGUAUACAAGGACAAAUGCAUCAUUGUAUCAUGUAAGGAAGAUGCCACUCGCUGCAAAUCUGCUCCCUCCACUAUCCCUGUUACUUCUGCGGAAUUUAUAUUAACUGGGAUCCUGCGUCAGGAAAUAAAUCCACAUGCUUAUCUGCUAAGUACUGGACCUGAGGAAGCUUUGCCUACCCCUGCCAAACGGAGGCGCUGAGAUCUUCACUCUUUAUUGUGACUGUACUUUAUUCAGUUCAGAAUAUUGUCUUACACACCGCUUACUGAUUGUAUAUACUAUGCCUUUUAUACCCACUGUGGCUUUUAGGAUUGCUCUGGCUCAUUUAUUGUAAACCUGUACAUAUUAAAGAACCAGGAAAUGUUU